AUGGAGAACUACAACAUCUACGACGAGAUCGGGCGGGGCACGCACUCGUUCGUGUACAAGGCGCGGCGCAAGCGCAGCAUCGAGUACGUGACCGUCAAGUCCACGGCCAAGAGCCGCAUGGACAAGAUUCUGAACGAGGUGCCGUUCCUGCACAAGCUGGAUAGUCGCUACGUGGUCAAGUUCUUCGACUGGUACGAGUCGUCCAACCACAUCUGGCUCAUCCUCGAGUUCUGCAUGGGCGGGGACCUGCUCAACCUCAUCACGCAGGACAAGCAGCUGCCAGAGGCGGCCGUCAAGUCGUUCGGGCUUGAACUCGUGGCGGGACUGCAGUAUUUGCACGCCAACAGCAUUUUGUACUGCGACUUGAAGCCGGCAAACGUGCUCAUCGACGAGUUUGGGUCGUUGAAGUUGGCAGAUUUUGGACUUGCACGACGCAUUCCUGGAAGCGACGCAGCCCCGACACGACCACUUGCUCCAGGCUCUCCACACUAUAUGGCCCCGGAGUUAUUCCAGCAGCCAGCAAUACACAGCUUUGCGUCAGACUUUUGGGCUCUGGGGUGCGUGCUGUACGAACUCAGAACAGGUCGACAACCAUUUACGCAUACCAAUUUUUCCGAGUUAGCGCGAAUGAUCCAAACGGAUACCGUAGUGCUUCCGGUCCCUGGAUAUGAAAUGUCCCCAGUAUUUUGCAAUCUUCUGGAGCGGUUGCUGGUGAAAGACCCUUAUCAGCGAAUCACGUGGAACGAGCUAGUCGACCACCCGUUUUGGAACGAUUUACCUCGCCUCGAAAAAGUUGUGAUGCCAGCGCAAGCCAUUUUCGAUGCCGCCGGGCCUAGUCCACGCAGGUAUCCCGACGCCAGUGCUGCGUCAAGUGCAUCGGUCAGCUUCGAAGAUCGCCCAAAUGACGAUCAACAAGGAAAUGAUGAGGAUGAGAAUUCGGCCAAGGGCACCCCUGGAAUUUUCUCGGCGCAGGCAAACGCAAAUGCCCCUACAUCUGCAGCCACUGGAGAUGAUGGAGCUGCGUUUGCUGCCUCUAUGGAUUCCAGUUCGGAGGAUUUGUUGGAUGGCUUGUCAACCCAACGAAGGGAUCACGAUGAAACACGCCCCGUUAGUGCACCAAGCUCACAGAUGCGUACAACGACGAGUAAUAACGAGGGCUUGGACGAGGAUGAUGCUAGCAUAGAGGAUCAGCACAUUGACUCCAUCCCAUUGGAUAUUGACAUGAGGCAUCGAUGGCGAGCUGCGAACGACCCUCACUCUGCGCCCCCGGCGGUUAGCAAUGCUCCUCGGCGGCGAAUACAACUUCAUACCCUGUUUGAUCGCGACGGUGCACCCGGAGGUGGUCUGCGGAAAGUCUCAAAACUCAUCUUUACUGCAGCUGACUGCAGAGUAAAGUCAAUCAUCGGGAACAAAGAUAUCCAGAUCGGGGACUUGCCACGUAUUCACGCGGACCAUCUUCACUUUGAGCCGACAUCUCCUCAAGAUCUUCUCUCGUGUACAACAGAGGCAUUGGAAAGCCAGCUCAAGGAAAUCUACGUCAGUCUCAAGUCUUCGCAGGCCGAUGACACAGAAAAACUCAGCGUCAUGGCGUAUUUAUUUUCUCUCAGCUGCCACGCUCGCCUGGCCCACGUGAUUGUCAACAGCUCUAUUCUCAAGCUACUGAUCAGGAUGUUGGGUCACGAAUCUCGAUUGGCAUCGUCGAAUCGAGUAUUGCUACCGAUGCUGUGUCUCGUUUUGGGCGUUCUCUUCCGGUUUGCAACGUUCAUCACGCCGUCUUCUCCCGAUCAACUACGCCAACUUGUGGGAACACUUCUGCAAUCUCGUCCUCUCGCGCUGGCCUGCCUGGGGGAACUACUGUUUUAUAUUUCCACGCAGCAGGAGUGGGAACUUCCUAUGGAUGGUGUGGAAGGUGUGCUGGCCUGUGUAAAUGAUCCUGACAUUGGCGUUCGCUACUACGCCGUCCGAACGCUUGGCAACAUGCUCAUUCACUGUACAGAUAUCCUGCUUCCAAAACUGAUGAGUGAGCAAAUUGUGGCGCUUGCACAAGUAUUGAGGCAUCUUCGCACACCGUCAUCAGCGGCAAAUCUGCCGUCGCGGUUAAAACGGUCGAUUCUACUUCAUUUUGCGAAGCCCGAGGUACUGAAUGCGGUGUGGCGAGGUGCCCAAAAUGCUAAGGGGGCGGUUGACUUGGCGAUUGCAUCGCUGAAUAUUGUUAACGCGUUUUUGGACAUCAAGGUUGCGGCUGAUCGAGAAGCAGAAUCUACUGCGAUCAAAGCCAGUCGUGAAUUAUUGCUGGACCGAGUUGUGGCUUUUUCUUCAAUUCAGAGGAUCCUCAUACUGCUCCGUUUGGGUGUGCAGCUGAACCGAGGGUUUCUACAGUCUUUCGUGCAAAACGACGCCCUCAAGCUCGUUGAGCAGGUUUUGUUUCCGAUCGCAGACCAUUUGUACGAAGACGACGACACACCUGGCUCAGUAUCGCCCGAGUCGAAGCUGUCGGCAUUUGAAUUGUACCUCUCGCAGUGUGCGCUAAACCUGUGCAAGCUCACGAUUCGAAUGGCUCUCAAACUUGGAGCCGAUUGUUUUUCAUCCCAUGAACAUGGAGACACCGAUAGUGCUAACAACAACAACACAGAGCACCGUUCUCCUAAGAUAUCACCGCUGCCUUUCGAGCUCUUCAGUGGUUUGUUGAGAAAUCCUACGUGUCGUCUUCAACUUCUGAACUAUUUCGUGGCGAAUGACAGCAAGCAGUACACGUUCUUCUUACGAUUGAUGGCUAAGCUGCUCACCGCAUUCCCAAAUGAAGAACUAAACGUUUAUGGAGACUUGGAUACGACGACGGUCGCGGUUUACGUGUCCAGAAUUUUGCUGGACCUGUUUGAAUUUUCCGCCAGGGAGGCUAGCGACAUUGUGUUGGUAGAAAAGCAAGUACUAUUCACACAUUUGCUACCUGCGGUGGUGGAGCACAUUACGCCGACCGAAGGAUCGAAGAAUGAUGAUGCGCUCGCAGUAAACUGUCUCAAGAUCCUUCACGUUGUGCUCUUGGAUUUUGACUAUGAGGACGAUAAUGGUGAGUACGAGCUGUACGACCGCUUCAUUCGAUCAGCACUCGUUCCUUCCCUUGAUUCUAUGGUGAAUGGACAGAGUGUCAAGGUAGAAAGCACUUGGAGUCUUGCCAGCGAGCUGCUUUUUGGCUUGAUCUCGAGUGAUUCAUCUCUCCAUAGUGAGGCGAAAGAACUCCGAGUGAUGUCCGCGAUUUUGGGAUUGCUGUGUGUAUCGCCGAAGUUCCAGGCGCUGCCCUCUCACGCUACACAACUUCUAAAUGUACUGGUUGAUUCGCGUAAGGGACACCUCGACGUGUUGUACGAGUCGGGUAUCGCUGAAGGUAUGGUGGCUGGGUUAGUUUUCUCUACAAGGCGGAAGGUUCUCGACAGUAACUUGGUGGAUUUGUUGGUGGUUUUGCUACAUCUGCUUCAUCAGCAGUACGGGAAAAUGCGCGAGCAAAGUAUACCUUCAUCUCCACAAGGGUUUGACGAGCUGGUCCGCUGUGGGCCACUGAUGAUACGACUGUGCACUGGUGCUAAUGCUAAGAGAAAGAUGAACGGUCGAGGUGAAGAUCUAUCACCGGAGGAAGACGAUGUCGAUAGCGCGUUCUCACCACGCGGAAAGAUCCGUGUUGAGGAUAAAAUUGCGGAUCUCGCCUCUCGAUGUCUUGUAUUUCUAUCCCAGGUAAAUACUGCCCAGCUACAGAAGAUGCUAUAG